CAUAACUAAUAUACACUGUACACAAAACUAUAAAACUUGAUAAUUCCGUGUUAGCGAGAAAUUCCUAUCUAUCUAAUCGGCAUCACAUUACGUACGCAUUUUUACAUAAUUAAGUUAUAUCUUGUUACAGGGAGAAAUCAGAAGGAUCGAAAAUGGCGGAUAAGAGGUUUAUCAUAGAAGUGGAGCCGGCUAAGCAAGCCAAGGAUGGGAAGCCAUCGAUGGGACCGGCUUACCGCAGCGUUUUUGCCAAGGAUGGAUUCCCGGCGCCGAUUCCUGGCCUGGAUAGCUGCUGGGAUAUUUUCCGCUUGUCAGUGGAAAAGUAUCCCAAUAACCGGAUGCUGGGUCGUCGAGAAGUCAUAGAUGGAAAGCCGGGUAAGUAUGUAUGGAUGUCUUACAAAGAAGUAUAUGACUUGGUGAUGAAAGUGGGGAAUUCUGUUCGCACUUGUGGCAUUGAGGAGGCUGGACGAUGUGGUAUUUAUGGUGCUAAUUCUCCUGAGUGGCUUAUCAGUAUGGAGGCAUGCAAUGCUCAUGGACUCUACUGUGUUCCUUUAUACGACACCUUAGGUGCUGGCGCUGUUGAAUUCAUCAUUUGUCAUGCUGAAGUUACAAUUGUUUUUGUGGAGGAGAAAAAAAUUCCUGAGCUGUUGAAAACUUGUCCAAGCACAACAAAGUCCUUGAAAACAAUUGUGAGCUUUGGUAAACUUACUUCUCAACAGAGGGAAGAAGGGGAAAAGUUUGGUGUGGUUAUGCAUUCUUGGGAUGAAUUUUUGUUAUUGGGAGAAAAUAAGCACUUUGAUCUUCCGGUGAAAAAGAAAACCGACAUUUGCACAAUAAUGUAUACCAGUGGAACAACUGGGGACCCCAAGGGUGUCAUGAUAUCAAAUAACAGCGUUAUUACUCUAGUUGCUGGAGUUGAGCGUUUGCUAGGGAGUGUGAAGGAAGCGCUGAAUGAAAGUGAUGUAUAUAUAUCGUAUCUUCCUUUAGCGCAUAUAUUUGAUCGUGUUAUUGAAGAAUGCUGCAUCCAUCAUGGAGCAUCAAUAGGACUUUGGCGUGGGGACGUUAAGUUAUUGGUUGAAGAUAUUGCAGAGCUAAAACCUACUAUUUUCUGUGCAGUUCCUCGGGUAUUAGAUAGAAUUUAUUCAGGUUUGAAGCAGAAGAUUUCUUCAGGGGGUUUCAUUAAACAAACUGUGUUUAAUUUUGCAUACUCUUUAAAACUGCGUAACUUGAGGAAUGGGAUGAAAUAUACCGAGGCAUCUCCACUUGGUGACAAAAUUGCUUUCAGUAAGAUAAAAGAAGGCUUAGGUGGCAACGUACGACUUAUUUUAUCUGGAGCAGCACCUCUUGCAUCCCAUGUGGAAGAGUUCCUAAGAGUAGUAUCGUGCUCUUACGUUAUUCAAGGAUACGGUUUGACAGAAACUUGCGCUGGUACAUUUGUUUCCGUACCAGGUGAGCAUGACAUGCUUGGUACGGUGGGGCCCCCAGUGCCCAAUGUGGAUGUCUGCCUAGAAUCUGUUCCUGAAAUGGGGUAUGAUGCCCUUUCAAGUAAACCACGUGGAGAAGUAUGCAUUAGGGGAGAUACUUUAUUUUCAGGAUACUUCAAACGUGAAGACCUUACGAAGGAAGUCUUAAUUGAUGGCUGGUUUCACACAGGGGAUAUUGGUGCGUGGCAACCAAAUGGGAGCCUGAAAAUUAUUGACCGUAAGAAGAACAUUUUCAAGCUCUCCCAGGGAGAAUAUGUUGCAGUGGAAUACUUGGAGAAUAUUUAUGAUCUAGCUUCCGAUAUUGACUCGAUAUGGGUUUAUGGCAACAGCUUUGAGUCUUUUCUUGUCGCUGUUGUUAACCCAAAAAUGGAAGCAGUUGAACAGUGGGCUGCAGAGAAUGGUAUAUCAGGGAACUUUGAUGCCCUUUGCAAAAAUACCCGAGUGAAAGAAUACAUACUUGGUCACCUUACGAAGAUUGCAAAAGAAAAGAAGUUGAAAGGUUUUGAAUUCAUCAAAGCUUUGCAUCUCGAUCCCGUGCCAUUUGACAUGGAACGGGAACUGCUCACCCCAACAUUUAAGAUGAAGAGGCCCCAGUUGCUCAAGUACUACCAGGUAGGUUUUCUUUGACGCGUCUG